AUUGAGAUGAGAAACGGAACGGCACGAAAUGGAAAACGGGGAAACUUGGCUAAAAGCCAGUUUAACUCAGUUUAUGCCUGCGCGCUUAAGCGCUGUGUACGCGAGUGAAGCUCUCUUUCGAUGAUCGUAUAGCUGAUGUUGAAUAAAAUUAAAAUUCUCGUUAAAAUUAAUUUUGUAUGUGUAAAGAAAUAAAAAAAUUCUUCUGAAAACAGUGGAAAAGAGAAAUUUUGCAAUAUUUUUUUUUUUUUAAUUUAAAAAUAUGGGCACUGGAAAUAGUAGCUUGCCGAUAAAUCAGCAUCGUACCUGGAGCGUUGAACCACCACCGCUACCGGCACCACCAUUUCUUAGCAAUGUAAGAUCACCAUCUUCAGAAACUUCCACUAAUACACACGAAAUUGAAGAUGCAACGGAAGAUGCUACCAAUAAAACUUGUACCAGCACAUUCGACGGGCCUUUGUCUCAGGGACCAAGUCCUUAUACAACUCUAAGACGAAAGGGAUGUUGGCAACAUGAAUCUUUAUCACCAACUCCAUCAAAUACUCACUCACGACAAGAUUCAAUGCUAACCUACGCCCCAGAAAUUGUCGGCUGGCCAUCAAACGGAAGAAUGACAGUAGACAUGCAACAGGAACGAAUGGAAUUGACACGAACAGUUUCACAUCUAGCAGCAGCUACUCAACAAUUAGCUUCAGCACAAAAUGUUACUCUAAUGCAUUUGGAGGCAAUUUAUGAUGAGCUAAAAAGAGAACGUGAAGUUAAAAGAAACACCGACUUCACUCAAACAAAAGGUGUUAAUUAUAAAUCAUUUAGCAUAGAAACAGCAACAAAUGAAAGACUGAUUUCCAAUAAUCAUAAUAAUCAACAACAACAACAACAACAACAACAACAAAAAAUUCAAAGAAAUUUAGACAAUGAUUUACGUGAUCAUCUUGAUAAUGCAGUGGCUGCACAACAUUCAACAUUUGAUUCAAAUGAUGAUGAAUUACAUGAAAAUGUUUACGAUUAUGAUGAUCGUGAAUUAACGUCAAAAACAAAUCAAGAAUUAUAUCAUGCAAAUGAUUAUUAUAAAAGUCGUGAAUUUAAAAAAAUUUCACGACACAAUCGUAAUCCAGGGAAAAAGACAAUUUCAUCAAAAAUGGCAUGGAAAUUUAAGAAAAAUGAUUAUAUUGCUAAAGAUAGUUCAUGUGAAAGUAUUAAUAAUAUUGCUGUCAAUGAAACGGAGAUAAAUGAUGAUGUUGGUAAAUUAGGAACAAGAAAACGACCAGCUAAAAAAAAUGAACGAUGCCAAAAAGUUGAUGUGGGUAUUUCGAAUUUUGGAAAUGAGAAUUUUUCUGAAUCUCAAGACAUUGAUCCCGCAAGGUCUCAAAUUGUAAAUGCAAGACUGAAAAUGGAUUUGGAAAGUCAGCAACGGAUGAUAGAAAAAUUAAAAGACGAUAAUGAGAUAACAAGGAACGAAUACAAACGAACUGAAGAGAGCCUCGUCGAACGAACAGACGAAUUGAGUAAUCUUUCAGGCAAACUUGACUUUUCGAAAAGAGAAAUUGUAAGGCUGCUUAAAGAACUCGAGACAUUCCAAUAUGAAAAGGCUGCUAAUGAAUCAAGGAUCUCGAAUUUGGAAAAGGAUCUACAAGAGAAAGACAGAAUCAGAAAGGAAGAAUUCGAUGCAAAUAAUGUGUUACGAACAAAAUUACAAGAAGAAGCAUCUGAUAAAAAUAAAUAUCUCAUUGCACUUGAAGAUGCUAAAAAGGAGAUACAGAAACUGAAACAAAUUAUUCAAGCUGAUAAGGAACCAUCAAAUCCUGGCACUUCGAGAAUGGAAGAUUCAACAAUAAAUGCAGCAGUGGUUGGCGAAGAAUUUAAAAAGGAAUUAAUUUUAAAACGUGAAGCACGACAACGUGCAAUUGCGGCAGUUUCAGCAGAAAUGGAUCGUCUACGAAAAGAAUUGGACGCUGAAAAAGUGGCACAUUCAGAAACAUCAAAAAUUUUAGAAAUUUUGAAAGCUGCACAAAAUCUACCUUCAUCGUCUGAAGUUGAGAAUGAAAUUAAAACACAAAUUUGUAAUCGAUGUUCAGAUAUUUCGGAAAAAGACAGUGAAAUGAAAACGAAAGACGAUGCAAAGGAUGAGAAGAAAGAAAAUGUUGAGGCUGUGCGAUUGACUGAUCUUUUAAAGAUUUCUGAGGAGGUGAUGAACAACAUACGUUUUCAAUUAGAAAAAGCUGAUGAUCUAUUUUAUCAACUCGAUAAUGUACCUGAGAUUCAUAAGAAUCGUAUUUUAUCAUUAAAAAAAUUAGCUGACGAUAUGCGCGAAACAUUAAGAUCAAGAGAACGACAAGUGAGUUUAUUGAAGGAUCGUUUAUCACAAAUUUUAGUUCAACUUGGUGAUCGGACAUUUCUCAACUGUGAUGAUGAAAUAAGAAUGGAAAAUAAUCGUCAACUUGGUGAUCUUCAUAAUUUACGACGUCUCUAUGAGGAACGUUCUAAAGUUUUAAUGGAAUGGAAAGAUUCUGCAAUUAGGAAUUUAACUGACGUUAAAAGAGAAGUGAGAAGUUUAAAAGACAAUAAUGAAAUUCUUGAAGAUGAUUUGAGAAAAACUGAAGAGAAGCUUGAUGUUCAGGAAGCAGAAACACUAAAUCUCGAAUCACAAUUAGGUCUUGCUAAAGCAGAUUGUAGAGAUUUACAAAAUCAAAUGUCGGUUAUUAAUAAUCUCUUUACACAAAUGCUGCUCGGUGCCUCUUCAGCUGAUAUGGAUCUCGAUCGAUUGACUCAAUUAUUAAAAGAGAAUCAUGAUCUAAUCAGUGAUAUGACCCGAGAUAGUGGUACAGAGGCUGCAGCAUUACCAAAAUUGUUAUUAGAUUUAAUCGAACAAGUUGAGGGUAAUUCGAAGGAAAAAAGAAAUACUGAUUCUGAAAGCGAUGAAAGAAAAGAAGACGAUGAUCUCCAGCAAGAAAAUAUUGCUCACAAUUUACCAAAGGUGUGGCGUGUUUUAUUGGAGUUAUUGCGCUGUCAUGCAGCAGAAACAUCUGCAACAUCAGUGGCUUUAUCAUCGGCUUCGGAUACUUGUUAUAAAUCAGUUGAUACACCAACUGGACCACAAUUAGUUAUUUCUGUAAGCAAAACUUAUAUUCGUCUAAAGGAAUUAAUUCUUGAGAAGAAACAUUUGGAGAAGGAGAUGAAUCGAAUGAAGCAAUUGAAUACACAUUUGGAAGGAAAGUUAGUUGAACAGGAAAAAAGACUUUCAACCGUGUCUGAUGAAUUGACAAAAACUUGGAAUAUAGUUGGAAGAAUGCAAGCCCAACAUCAGCAACUUCAUACACAUGAAAAAAUUUUAAGAUACGAAUUACAGCAAAAACGUAAAAUGCUUCAAGAAUUAAAACAAGAAUUAGAAUAUUGUAGAGAAAAAUGGGAGUCGGCUAGACAAAAAAAUACGAACACUGAAAUUGAAUGGAGAAGUUUAAGAAGAGAAUUUGCGGCUCGAAAAGCUUUGGCACAUGUUGAUUCAUUGAAUAAUAGUGCUGAAAGUGGAUUUAGUGAUGGUCGCGAUGAUGAGUCAGAUGAAGAGAUGGAGGAUGAAGAAAAUGUGGAAAAAAGAGUCAGAAUUAUUGGAUCUCGAAGAAGAAAUCGAAAGGAAGAAUCCAGAGCCGUAUCAGAUACAGAAUCAGAACAGCCAACUGAUACAGAAAUUUCCGAAUCAAAAACUAUUUCUUCCUGCGCAUCUGAACAACAAUUACCCGAUGAAGAGAAAAUGGAAGAAGUACCAAAUAUUACAAAUGAAUCUGACACAAUGGCUGAUGAGGUUUUAGAAACAGAAGUAGAAUUAUUAGAUCCCUUAGACAGAGCAUUAACUAACGUAAUUCGAAAUCUAAUAAAAAUUGACGAGACAAAUUAUCCAACCCAUGUUGAUGAAAGACUAUCAGAGUUGCCAAACAAUACAGAACCUGGUCCAUCUACAGAAUCAUCUGAAUUAUCAAAGUUUUGUAAAAAGAAAAACCUGAAGAGAAUGGCCAAAGACUGGACUACACAAUGUUCAUACGAAUUUAAAGAUGACAAAUGUUCUAUAAAAUUUUCCCCAUCUGAUGAUGAGGAUAGAUUAGAUUCAAAUUCACCAAAAGAAGAACAAGAGACUAAUUCAUCAGCACAGUAUGAUUCUGUAUUUGGAAUUGGACCAUUUCCAGCAGGCUGUUCUGAUGCUUCUAAUUUGGAAAGUGAAACCCUUUUUGGUGAAAAUGGUACAGAUAAUGUUAGCUCUCCUGAGUUACAUUCUAGUUCAAAUGAUCUAAAGGAAAUUGAACCCACAUUUAAAUUGGAAUCAGAUAUUCAAGAACAUCCGCUUGUUGAAUCAAAUACAAUUUUGACUACACUGAAAUCAUCUAAGCAAUCAAGUGUAACUGAUGAAAAAUUGCAAGAAAGUAGUGAAGCAAGUUCCUCUCAACAACUGUUAACUACCUCAACAAAUAAUAGCAAUAAGAACUUUAGUAAUUCAUCAAAUAGAAGUCCAGAUGAGAUUUUAGCAGCUCGUGCAGCUCGUCUAAAGCGUCUUGAAGAGCAAGCUGAUUGGCUCGUUAAGAAAAUGAAUGCAACUAGUCGAAGGGGAUCAGCACUCAGCAGUAGACUUGAAGAACUUCAUGAAACUUAUGGAUCACCUCCAGGACCUCCACCACUACCAGAUGUAUUACCAAUUUUCAAAUUGCAAACAGAAAUUGAUUCGGAUUCACAAAUCAAAACAACAGAAUCAACAGAAAAUGCAACUUUUACAGUUGAAAAAAAUCAAAGAAAGUCACCUCCUCCUGAUAAUGUGUCCUAAUUACUAUUAAUAAAUUAUAACAAAAUGAUGGUCAUCUAGUCAGAAUGUAAUAAAAAAAAAGAAGAUAGAAAUACUUUUACUAAUUUUCAAAAAGAGAAGAUUUUUUCCCCUAGUCAUAUAAAAUAACUGUGACACAUGUAUAUUUAAAAACAUUAAUCAAUAGCUAAUGCAAAUUUAGCAUUUUGCAAAAAAAGACGUAUUUUCAAUGAUAAGCUAUACACUAUACUUAUAUAUGUGGAUUUUUAGAAAAAUUAUUAUAAAUUUUGUGUAGCAAUGUUUUUUUUUUAUUAAAGAUAUAUGGUAGAUAAAAAA